CUUCUUUAUUCCCUACAUGCGGCCUCGACACAAGCCUCGACGACGCCCAAUACAAAGAUCACUGGCUAAAAAGCUGUGCUUUCUCUGUUUCUGGAAUCUUCUGAGGGACUCCUACUUCUUCUCCUAGUCAACCCGGAAAAGACGCCCUUGCUCCUCUCCACUCUCAACUGCGCACGAGUCCUCGACGAGGCACCAUUCUUGCGUUUCCCAGAAUUCCUAGGGAACAAGCGCUACCUCAGGAAGCCAUCUAGCUAUCGCAUGAGCGUGUAAUCCGGUUCUGAGGGCUUCAAGCCCAUUCUCUCAAUAUGAGCCAACUCCUCACCACUCGACAAGCAGAAGAACUGCACAAAUCUAUGAUCGCCUACUUCCUCUCCGUUGGCAUGAACGAUAGUGCUGCGGCCCUCCGACGAGAAUCGAAUCUACCAGACACCUUUGACGAUGCCACAGCCAAGAAGUAUGAGACCUUACUGGAGAAGAAAUGGACGUCAGUGGUUCGUCUGCAAAAGAAAAUCAUGGACCUUGAGGCAAAGAACGCUACGCUUCAGCAUGAAAUCGAAACGGCAACACCACUUUCCUCCCACCGCAAGAUCGACCCGGUAACCUGGCUUCCUAGAAACCCUGCAAGACACACGCUACAAGGUCACCGACUCCCAGUCACCUCAGUCGCAUUCCAUCCGAUAUUCUCCUCACUAGCAUCCGCUUCAGAAGACUCCACUAUCAAGAUAUGGGACUGGGAGUUGGGUGAGUUGGAGAGGACGUUAAAAGGUCACACCAAGUCGGUCUUAGACGUGGAUUUUGGCGGUCCUAGAGGAGCCACACUUCUUGCGAGUUGCAGUAGUGACCUGACAAUUAGGCUAUGGGAUCCCAGCGACGAAUACAAGAACAUUCGAACGUUACCAGGUCAUGAUCAUUCCAUCUCCUGCAUUCGCUUCAUCCCCUCGGGGGCUGCCGGUGCGCCCCUUUCGGGGAACACGUUGGUGUCUGCGUCGAGAGAUAAGACCCUGCGAAUAUGGGACGUGACAACGGGGUACUGUUUGAAGACAUUAAAAGGGCAUACAGACUGGGUCAGGACAGUAACACCCUCCAUUGACGGCAGGUUCCUGUUGAGCGCGGGCAAUGAUCAAAUCCCUCGACUGUGGGAUGCUAGCUCGGGCGAGGUCAAGAUCACUUUUUUGGGACAUGAACAUGUGGUUGAGUGCGUUGCAUUUGCACCCGGCUCAUCCUAUGUACACCUGUCCAGCAUUGCAGGGUACAAAAAGCCACCUCCAGCAAGCAGUUGUGGAGAGUUUUUGGCAACCGGAGGCAGAGACAAGAUCAUCAAAAUCUGGGACAAUCGGGGUACAUGCCACAAGACGCUUGUUGGCCAUGACAACUGGGUGCGAGGCCUUGUGUUUCAUCCUGGCGGACGAUACUUACUUUCAAUCUCGGACGACAAGACCAUUCGAUGUUGGGACCUGUCGCAGGAAUGCAAAUGUAUCAAGGUGGUGGACGAAGCUCAUCAACAUUUCAUCAGCAGCAUCAGAUGGGCACCUGAUGUUCCAGUACAGCCGGUCACGAAUGGAGAGAGCAAUGGUGUAUCAACAGCCAGCAAGAAAGAAGACAGCGGUGUAGGAGGAAAAAUUCGCUGUGUUAUUGCGACCGCAAGUGUAGAUCUGAAUGUUCGGGUCUUUGCUGGCUAAAAAUGUAACAUGUAAGAGAUUCAGAUCUUUCUCGAGCAUGUGCAUUCCUGGAAUCAUUGGAUCAUAGCGACAUAAAAGGGGAUAGAUAGCCAUGAUUGUACGAGUAUGAAUUAUGAAUUAUGUGGCCAACACGAGGGU